CAUCAUGGCGGCGGCCGCGGGGCUGCUUCUGCCCGACGACGGGAUCGUGAUCGCCGGUAAACGGUACUCGGGCGUCGCGCUCACCCUGGAGAACUGCUUGCUGCCGCCCGAGAGCGCGCACUGCAGCCCCUCGCACGCGCACGGGCUGUCCGCGCUCACAGAGGAGCAGCUUCGCAACCGUAUGUGUGAGAUGAUCCAGAACGCGGGAAUUCUGCUCCGCCUGCCUCAGGUCGCCAUGGCAACGGCCCAGAUCCUGUUCCAUCGGUUCUUCUACUGUAAAUCGUUUGUGAGACACUGCGCGGAGACGGUCGCCAUGGCGUGUCUUCAGCUGGCGUCUAAGAUUGAGGAAGCGCCGCGGCGGGUGCGCGACGUGCUGAAUGUCUUCCAGCACCUCCGACACAGGAGCGUCGGCCCCAUGCUGCUGGAUGGCGAGUACAUCAACCGCAAGACUCAGGUGAUUAAAGCGGAGCGGCGUGUGCUGAAAGAGCUGGGCUUCUGCGUCCACGUCAAACACCCACACAAGGUGAUCGUGAUGUACCUUCAGGUUCUGGAGUGUGAGAAGAACACCAGACUGGUUCAGAUGGCCUGGAACUACAUGAACGACAGCUUGAGGACUGAUGUGUUUUUGAGAUUCAGGGCUGAAACUGUUGCUUGUGCGUGCAUCUUUCUUUCUGCAAGAGUGCUACAGAUCCCUCUGCCUGACCGGCCGCCCUGGUUCUUGCUGUUUGGGGCGACCGAACAGGACCUGAUUGAGGUCAGUUGCUGUAUUUUGCGGCUGUACAGCCUGCGGUGUGACUCGCUGACUGCACUACAGCAGCAGGUGGAGGAAAGGCGUUUAACUUUGGACCCACAAAACAACACAAGCAAACCUGCCGAUGAAACUCUGAUGAGAGACCCGGGAGCCGGAUUCUCUCCUGCAUCUAAAGCCGCAUCUCCUGCAGAAACCCAGAAGAAUCAUGAAUCUCCACUGUCACGUCUCGCUCUUAAGAACGUCUGUCGAAAGAUCUCGAGGAGAGACAUGAAGCGCCUGAGCCGCAGUGAUGAGCGCCGUAACACUCGCUGCAUGCGGUCGUCUCCCAGACGCAGACGCAGUCGCAGUGUCUCCUCUCCGUCUACAUCUCACAGACACCGACAGCGGGAACGAGUGCGGAAAAAAGCAUCUUCAUCUCACAGAAGAUGAUGAUGUCAUCAGGUGUAAGAGGGAGGGACCCAAAACUGACCAAUCAGACCACAUCUGUAAAGCCUCUUAUACUGCCAGUGUUGGGGAAGUUACUUUUAAUAGUAAUAGAUUGCGAUCUUGAGUUACUUCUUUAACAAAAGAGGUCAUGUGUUGCAGUAUUUUAUCAGUACUUUUUAUUUCUGGGCUGGGAUUGCUUCUUUGAUAGAAUAUAACCAAUAAUAAAUAAAGCAUUUUGAAUGACAAGGCUCAGGCUGAAAUGUAGACUCAUGUCUGUACAGUUGAGCUCAAACAAAACAAGCUAACUUUCUGGAUUGCAAGAAGAAUCAGACUCAUAAAGUUAAAGUUCAACAUUUUCUGCAAUAUAUACAGUAUUCAGAAUAUUCACUUCACAGUUUUUAUUCAUUUUAAGGGAUGCUGUAGUGUUUUUGUGCAGGAGAGAUAAGUAAAUAUGUUUACAUUGAAGCAGAACCACAACAAUAUACAAACACAUCUGUUUUUUCCCUACUCUGGAAUACAUUA